AUGUACAAAAGCGCCAUUCGCGCGGCGCCCCGGCGUAUCCUGCCGUCCCGAUCCCUCCUGAAUUCCAGCCCUGCCAGAAGAUUCCUUAGCACAGCACCGCCGGCGGAGAAGAAGAGAGGCUGGACGAGCAGCGCUGUGAGAUGGGGCUUGGCUAUUGCGGGCGUCUACUACUACAACACAAGUAGCGUAUUCGCAGAACAACCAGAAGCGGCCAUCCACCAACUCGACGACUCAUUACACGCGGUUCAAGAAUCCGAUCAGCCGACCAUAGAUGCGAUCGUGGAGGAGAAACGACGAAGACGCGAACAGCAAGCCGCCGAGGAACAACAGAAAGAGCAGCUGGCCAAGGCAGCGCUGGCCGAGGAGGAACAAGGCCAGGAGGGCGAGCAGGAGGGCGGUAUGGAUGGGUUAGAAGAUGAGGCCAGUUCACAAGGCGCGUUUAACCCGGAGACUGGGGAGAUCAACUGGGAUUGUCCAUGUUUAGGAGGCAUGGCGCAUGGCCCUUGCGGCGAGGAGUUCAAGGCUGCGUUCAGUUGCUUUGUGUACUCGAACGAGGAGCCCAAGGGUGUGGAGUGCAUAGAGAAGUUCAAGGGUAUGCAAGAUUGCUUCCGCCAGCAUCCCGACAUGUACGGCUCCGAGUUAGAAGACGACGAGGAUGAGGUUGAGGAAGAGCUCCAUGCCAGAGAAAACGCUCAAGCUUCUGAAGAGGCAAAGGAGGCAGCGCCUGCCGAGCGGUCAAUCCCAGCUGUACAGAAAGAAUUACACCGCGACAGUGAACACACCGAGCCAGGAGAUGCGCAAAAGAUCGGCGACGAGGGUGGGGAACUGGUUCCAAAGGCAACACACGAUGCUACAUCAUCGAACAAGAAUUGA